AUGCAGCGAAAGGAAAGCAAAAAGGCCACGAUCCCCAAAAUGAUGGCUAGAGUUCUUCAACAAUAAGAGGCUACUGAUGUGCUUACUCGAUUUCUCUUUAUUAAAUAAGGCUAGGAUAGAAUACGUCGAAAUAUUCUUGGGUUCUUGAUUGCAGAUUUUACACAACUGAUUCUGGUUUCAGGACAAUGGUAUGUAGGAUUUCACCAGACGUUGAAAGAAUGGCUUGAGGAUUUAGAUAAUCGAUUUAUCAAAGCACAUUUGCAUAUCCUUUCAUUUAAGAAUAGCGAUUUCUUAUAGACAAGCUUUUGGGUGGACAGUACUAAAACUAAGAAAUUAUUUAGAUGGGAUAGAACCAUAAUCUCGGAAGUCAUGAGUGGGUUCAAUGGGAAAUGCAUUACUAUUGCCUUCAAAUAUAAUCACAAGUACAGAAGUUAGUAUAAAUUUGAUGUGUUACCGCAGAAUUCAAAGAGAGUUAUUUGGAUUGCCAGAGAAUAGACCAAACACAAUUUCGAGAGUGUAACUCAAGUAAUGAACAUGCAACCAAUUUUGAGUGGAGAUUGUGUUAAGAUAGCAAUCAAUUUUUAUAACAAAAUGACAUUCAUUGAUCCAGACACAAUUGAAUUUGAAGAGCCUUCUAUUGAAUAAUCGAAAGAAUGCAUUUGUCCAAUCUAAAGUCUGUUCUUUGAUUGGGUGGGUAUUGAUUAUGCAAAAUAGAAACCUAAGUUGAAUGAUUAUCUAGUUCAUCCACAUUUGCAUUUGAUAGAUUGCAGAUGUGCUGGAGUGGAUACUGUGGCAUAUUAAUUUGUUUAUGAGGCAUGUGAAAUAGGAUCAUUCAGAAAUGAGCUUUUAGGAAUUCCUAUUGAAGUUGUUUAACAAGGAUAAGAGGUAGUGACAGAAUUGAACAAAGUAGGUCUUGUAAGUGAUAGAGAAAGCAAACUCCAAUUAAGAAAGCAUGAUUAACUAAUAUUCUAUUUAACAAGUGGAGAUUGA